UUCCCAAUUCCCGUGUUCCGUUCGUUCGGCGUGUAUAUCAAUAAUACAGCAAUCUGUCGGUACCGCGUACGUUUUUAAUUACUCUUAAUUAUGUACUUGUUUCUAUGAAGUGAUGUGAAGUGGUGGGACUCAGGAUUCGCGUUUCAACAAGAGAAUGAUAAUGCGCGUUAAAAUAAUGUGUCGACGUCUGUGAAAGUUUGCUUUUUUUCCAACUUUCUAGGGCUUGGUCAAUAUUAUUCGGUUACAAAGUACCCACUGUUUUGUUUUCUUAUAAACUGGCGUGCAUCUUUGACUAUUGUCUCAACACUCUUCUAUCCGACUAUAUGUAAACAAAUAAUGGCAACAGACGCCGAGGAGUCGGACACCGAUGAACGGCCCACUAAACGACUGCGUAUCGGAGAUAAAGAUCGUGUACAAAUGGAUCAACAAGAGAUAGAAACUGAAGAGAUUGUUGCAGGAAAUGCAAGCAGAGAGGAGAAUUACGAGGAAGAGGAAAACAAUGAGAUUGAAACACGAGCCAGAGAACGUCUCAAGAAAUGGCAGGCAAGACAAGUGGCAAAAGGUUUUGUAGACAACACGAUAAACCGCGUGCUAGAAAACUAUGUAAUCUCUCUACCGUUCAACGAGAUGUAUCCUCGCCUCAAUCCACGAACCGAUGAUAUGGAGGACCGGGCAGUCGCGAUGGCCAUUCAAAAUCAUGGGUUGGUACAACCGACCGUAAAUUAUGUCCCCAGUGCAGAUCCUCCUGCCCGUCGCAAUAACCCGGUAAAUGAAUAUUGGGUUCGGGAGGACGGAGUAAUUGAGCAAGGUCGAUGCACGUGUCCUUUGAGCAGUGAGCAAAAAAACAAAGCAGACAACUUGGCCGGAUCCGCUGCUUCUGCCGAUGAAACAUGCGGAAGUUUAAAGCAGGACGAGGAAAAUGCUUGCUGGGUCGGUGACAAAGGAGAUGAGAAUAAUCAGCAGCAGGAUUUUCUUGAACGAGCAGUCGCCGAAGCAAUAAAGAAGAAAGGACUCAGUGCACUCAGCGUAGACUAUGGUUGACAUCAGUUUGAAUUAACAAUUAUCGUGUUGCUUCUAUUGUACUCGUUUUUCUCUAUUUUACAUCUAUAUUGGCAAACGGCUGGGUACAUACGGUACUUUACGUUAGCUGCGUGCAAUCACUGACUACCUUUUCAUAACUUUUCGAUUUUAAUUGAAGACAACACUUGUAUUAAUAGUUGCUAAUGCAUGUUCUGUAAUCAUAUCAUUCACAUCAAUCAAUCCUAUCAUGCUAUUCCCAGUACAGGAUUAUCAGCUUUUUUCCUCACUUUGUUAACGAUAAUUAUUUAAACAAUUUUUAGCUAACAACUUGGAAUUCAUUUUUUUUCUUGUCACACUAAUUCACUAUCAAAUUAUUUAGAUAUCUCUAAGAGAUAUUUUCCAGCAACGAUAUGACUCUGAAUUGUAAAACAAAGUUUUAUAGUAAUACGAUAUAGAUUUUAUAGUUCAUAGUUUAGAUCGAUAUUUGGUUUUAUUUUUUUAUAUCGCUAGUACGAAAAUAAAUAGGAAGAAACAAACUUCCCAAUAUUAUAUACCGUAUUUUUCCGAAUGUUCGCAGAGGUUUAUUGUCGUUGAUAGCACCUGCCAAAAUUGUUCUUGUCUUAUACAUGGUUAAAUAAGAAGAACACCCCGAAAUAUUAUCUCAGAAUUGAGGGUUGUCUUGUAUAAGGGAUCGGCUUAUACUCGGAACGAUAUGGUAUUCCACACACAAGUCUUGAUGUUAAACUUACGUACCCUUGUACGUGAACACAUAAUACUGGGUAUAAUUUAUCCAUUCCAAUACCCUAGAAUUAGAAAUUGCAUUAGCUAUAUUGAUCAAUGUGAGAUACAAUUUCUUUCCUUCAAAGCAGGAAAUAUGAAUUAAAGGCAAUAACAUUAUUCUUAUCAUAUUUGUAUAAAAUAAAUAACUGAUCCUAUCUUUGUUAUUGCCUUAGAAUCUAUUUAGUUUUAAAUGUUGCAAUCCGUUAUAAAUAUAAUGUAAUCAAUUUUUAAUCAAGUGAGUAAAAUUAAUCAUUGCAUAAUGUUGAAUUAUAUAUAUAUUUUUAAUUGAAAAAAUAAUUCUUCUCAUCCAUUUGUUGGUCAUAUUCCACCAUUGUCUAUUGGAUGUAUUUUUCACGCAUAAAUCAAUCACCAAUAUUACUUCGCAUUUAGAACGCUGGCUAAAAAGUUCAUAUAAAAAUACCAUGAAAAUUAAUAGAUCAUUUAAAUAUAUAUAUAUAUACAUAUAUCUUUUAAAUCAUGCCUGAGGAUGCAACAACAAAUCAUGGAGAAUCUUGACAGUUCCUAUGCUGUAAUUAAUUGAAUAAUAUACAAUAAUAAUUCCGAGUUAAGUUACAUCAAGUAUUUUAAUUUUUAAUUUAGAAAAACCUAAUAGACUUAUAGAGAUUAUUAUAUUGACAGUAAAUUUUAUAACAAAAUAAAAUAUAAUUCAUUUAUGUAUAUACUAUAAGAAGCUUCUCGUUGGGCUUGCAAUUGUAUCCUUAUCCAUUAAUGUAAAUCAACAAUUUUCUUUUUAUCUUGAUUACCACAUAUGCUUUUUAAAAAUAGAAAAUGAGUUGCAUGAAGCUAUCUAACAUCAUGUAAUACUGUCAAUCAAUUCAACUGUUAAUCAUGGAAAGUAAUUUUUUGUAAAGAGCACCUUCUUCAAUGAAUUUUGGUUAAAGUCUUUUGAUUACUUUUAUUAAGAAAUACGAAAUUACUCUAAUUUGUAAUGGAAUGACCAUCUUGUAGCAGACAAAGAUUUUGUCUCAAUUGACAUCUUUCAGUAAAAAAAAAAUUUUAGUAGUGUGGCCUUGCAUGGGACACGACAUUCAUAUUAUAGCGUCCGAACAAGGUGAGGUAGAACAAUAAAUACUGAAAGUUAUUUGAUAAUUCAGAUCUGAUUUUAAAUAAACAUGUUCUGAACGAAA